AUGCGUUCUAUUCUGGUUGCUCUCGCUGUGGGCAAUGGUACUGGCCCCGAAUUGUUGGCCAUAUUUAAGAAGGUCAUCCUCACACUGGCAGCACCGUACAAUGUGGAAGUCCGAUUCGUCACGUCUCCGCGAACUUACCAUUCCUACUCAACGCUCCUGGCCAUCAAUGACACCGACGUGGUGAGUAGUGAGACACUCACGGAUGCGGAUCACUAUGAAGCCUUCUGUCGCCAGAUAGUCAGUCUUGGAGCAUGCGCGAUAUUUCGAACCUCCAUCAGCGCACAGGCGCUUUAUAUGGUUCGAGACCGGCUACAAGCUGUGAAGGUAGAGCAUUUCAAUAUGAGCUCAUCUACAUCGAUCCUGCUAGUGCGGGAUCAAGCUCAGGGCUUCUACUCCGGUUUGAACAAGAUGGACUCGAAGCAGGAGACGGUGUCGCGAUCAUCAUAUUUCAGCAAGAAGGUCUUUGAGGAGAUACUCACCUUUUCACUUGCACGCUCCCGCGAGGUGUGGGGCUCUGAAACCCCCACGACCGUCACGCUGGUCUACAAGUUCCACCUCUUCGACGGCCUUUUCUACUCAUGGGCGAAAGAGUGGAAGGAAUCUUACGGUGUCGAUAUCCAAUUCAUCCAAGGCGACACGAUGAACCGCAAUCUCCUGGCAUUCGGCGUCCAGGGCCACCAGCUGCUAAUAUGCUCAAACGAAUACGCAGACAUCAUGCAGACGAUGCUGCUAGAUCGGUUUGGCUAUGGCGCCCAAGAAUCUGCGUGUGCCGAAAACGUUUAUCUUUCGGCCGGAAUGGAUCAAGGCCUGAGCGAGUACCAGACGGCACAUGGCUCCGCUGACGACAUUACCGGAAAGGGUGUGGUCAAUCCCACGGCGACCAUUCGCGCAGCAGCAGCUCUGCUAGAGCGCUAUGGGGGCUGUCAGGGCGUCCAACACCAGAUGGAUGUUACGCUAGACGAAAUGCGUGCGAAGAAUAUCCGGACAUUUGACCAGGGGGGAAUAACUAAGACGGAACCAUUUGUGGAUGCCCUACUGCAGAUGAUCGUCCCCAAUAUCCCCACCAGCGUUAGUGCACGCGAUUCUUCUAAGACAGGAGGCUUGGCGUCAGCUCCCCACCGGGCUAAGUCAUGUCUGGUGGUGAUGGAUUUCCAGAACGAAUUCAUGGCGCAGUAUAAGACGCCCCGGGUGAUGCUACGGAUAAAAGAAUACAUGCCCCGGCUUGUGGACUGGGCUCGUCGCGAGGGAAUGGAGAUUGCUUGGGUGCGAUUCCUCGGCGACGAGAAGUACCAACCGGCGACAUGGCGGCAGCGAAACCAGACCCAGGGCAGGCGGGCGUGGUGCAAAGAAGGCAGUUGGGGGGCGGAGAUUGCCAGCUGCGUGCAUGUGCAAGCGCACGACCGGGUCUUCGACAAAAAGGGACACUUUGACCCGUUCCUAGGGACGGAUUUUACGAGCUAUGUGGCAGGAUUCGAGCAUCUUGUGGUUGUGGGUCUAUUUGCGGAUAUUUGUGUGGACGCAGCGGUCCGAGGCGCUUUUCAGCGGGGAUUGUGGACCACAGUGGUCCGCGAGUGUACGGCUGGACUAUAUCUUCCCGAGGAGCAAAGUUUUACAUACAUGCAAGCCGUGUAUGGCUCUGAGGUGGUAGGGAUCGAUCAACUACUGUCGACCGGGCCGGUGGCUAAUCUAUAA